AUGUCCUCUGAUAUCAAUGUAACAGUAGCAUCUUUCAUAGACAGAUUGAAAAGAAGGCAGAUCAGUGGCUCUUACAAUAUUGCCAUGGAAACAUUACAAAUCCUUAAGCGAUUUGUAUCAGCAGCACGUUGGUCACACGUCAAUGAUUUGAUCGACCAACUUCGAGAGCUAGGGAACCGUCUCGAGCGAGCACAACCUACCGAGUUUAUUUGUGGCAACAUAAUUAGAAGAGUGCUAGCCAUAAUCCGGGAUGAAGUGGAAGAAGAACUUGCAUCAACCAUGGCGCAGACAACAACAGAGCCAAUGAUUUCAUCGAUGUUCAACUUGCUACAAAAGCCUGCAGUUCCAUUACAAAAGUCUUUGGACCAACCCAAGACAGACAUACGCCAAGUGAUUAUUCAAGGUAUUAAAGACCUGAUAGAUGAGAUAGCCAAUAUAGACGACGGCAUCCAGCAAAUAGCUAUCGACUUGAUUCAUGACAGAGAAAUUCUGCUCACACCUACUCCAGACUCUAAGACUGUACUCAAAUUCUUGAUUAAGGCUAGAGAGCGCAAUAAUAGAAACUUCACUGUCCUGGUCACAGAAGGCUUCCCAAAUAACACAUCCGUGGCCCAUGAGUUCGCCAAAAAGCUCUCGGAACAUGGAAUUGAGACUACAAUUAUCCCGGACACUGCUGUUUUUGCGUUGAUGGGGCGUGUAGGUAAAGUUAUUCUGGGAGCUAAGACGGUCUUUACAAAUGGUGGCACAAUUUCAUCCACCGCAGGCGUUUCUUCUGUGUGUGAGAGCGCGCGUGAAUUCAAGACACCAGUCUUUGCAGUAGCUGGUCUAUACAAACUCUCGCCCCUUUAUCCCUUUGACAUCGAGAGAUUUGUCGAAGUGGGUGGAUCUCAUCGUGUUUUACCAACUAUGGAAAAUGACAGAGUUGGAAGUUACAACAGACUGGAUACAGUAAACCCAGUUGCCGAUUACGUCCCACCCGAGAAUAUCGAUAUUUAUAUUACCAAUAUUGGUGGUUUUGCUCCAAGCUUUAUUUACCGGGUGGUGUGGGACAACUACAAACAAGAAGAUGUUAACCUGGAGGGGGUUCAACAAUGA